AUGUUGGGAGUGAGUCAACCGGGAAAUCCACCCUCGAGCCUGCGACACUCGGCGAGUUUCUCUUGUUUGCAACGCGGCACCGCCGGCGAGGGACACAGGGCGAGGACCUCGACGCUUCUGCAGCAGCCGAGCUUGCAGCUGAGCGGCAACAACCAUCACCAAUACACAUCCGGCGGGCAGACGUCUCUGCUGCAACAGUCCACCGGCACCGUUCAGCAUCGCAUCGAGGCGUUGGAGGCUGUGCAAGAUAGCAACGAUUACGGUUUCGUGAAAAUUCGGCCACGUCUCCGUAGCACUAACGCCACGUUGCACUACGAGGAGGAGCUAGCUGGCCAGAAGAACGAUCGCGGCACCUCGUCGUCGGUUUGGGACCGCGACGCCUCGGCGUUCAGCGACCGCGAAUGCGACACCAAUUACAGGGAAUUCUCGUUGAAGAUCAAGGACAGGGAACACUCGCCAGGGAAGGGAACGACGUCAGGGAAGAAUCAGAAUCCGUUGAGGGGGGCACUGAUACUCUUCACUUCGACGUCGUCGUGGUGGAAGGCGAGGCAACGCGAGGACCAGCUGAACAGUUCGGGCAGCGGCGCGAUGCUGACGGCCUCGUCGGCCGAGCGAAAGUGGUCGAGCACCUCGAUGGCGUCUCCGUCGAACGAACGAAAGUGGCCGUCGGCGGUGACCUCGCCUACGAACGACCGGAAGUGGUCGGUGGGCAACAACAACAGCAGCGCUCUAACCUCGCCGGGGAACGAGAGGAAGUGGACCAGGUCGUCGGUCUCGUCGUCGAACUCGACGGGGCAGCAAGACAGGAAGUGGCGGUCUCUCGGUGCUUUGCUGAGGGCUCCGACCGGCGCUGGUUCACACGCUGUUCAACACUCGCUGUCGCAUAACAUGAGCGUCUCCAUGAUCGAGGGCGAGCACUUCCGGGAUGAUUUGCACGGCUCGAGUUGCAAGUCGACGCGUUACCAGCAGCCCACCUCCUACUCGGCCCGCGUGUCCCGCGUCACUCGCGACAUUUACAGAGAGAACGGGGAAUUCGGUCAUCAGACCGGCAGGUCGAAGGUUAGUCGCAGAUUGUAUCAGGAAGCCGCGGACUGCGCGGACAGAGACGUGGAGGAGAGACACGUGACCGCUAGACAUCAGUUCGACGACGAGUGCAGAGGUCGGACGAACCGCGAGAGUAUCUGCAAAGCGGAGCAACAGUCGAUCAUCGGCACCGACACGCGCACCGCCACGUCCACCACCACGCGAUCGAACCGCGCGCAGAGCUUUUAUCUUCUGGACGACUUCCUGCGGCCUCAGCCGCAACAGAACAACAAGUGCAUGCUGAACGUUUACCUGUCGCCGUCGCACUCAAAGUCGUCCGCCAGUGGUAACGAUCAUCCGGCUGGAAGAUCGGCCGACGCGAAGCAGCAGCCCUCGCUGUCUCAGGGGAACGUAACGACGAACAUCACGCCGCCGCGACGUCAUAACUCUAGCUCGGAUAGCCUAGAGGUGGCGACUAGUCCGCUUCCGCCGCCGGUGCCGCCUCCGCCGCCGCCACAGGUCACCGCCAGCCGCGACAGAGAAAGGGCUGAGAAUUUCAAAGAGAAGGACGUGUGCCAGUGCAAAAUGUGCUGGACCAAUAUACAGCAGAGAUCAUUCGUUGAAGAGGUAAGUCCUCUUACUCUGGGGAGAGGAACGACCGCGUUUCACUCGAUCGGAAUAACGUGUAUUAUCGCACUGCUCCCCGAUCUUUCUUCUCGUACCGUUUCUUUCUUUCUUCGUGGUCUUAUUACGCGCUCUAUAUUCUUCUCAUGUUCCUCCGGCCUCAUUAAAAGUACUAAGUACUAAGAGCUGACACGCUUCUCAGAGCAUAGAGAUUGAUGGUUAUUUCAGUCUCCAUGGAAAUUUGGAUGAUCAUACGCGCGUUUGCCAUUGGGAGUUGGCGUUUCAAAGACCCAAAGAAUAAUACGUUCUUGGUCUGGGAAUUAUAAUAAUUCUGGCAGUACAUUCUGUUUGGAAAGAAAACGUACUUUGCUCGGCCAGAGAUGGAAUUAGAAUUGAGUGUUAUGAACCAUGAAGUUGUAGAAUAUAGCAACUAUAUCGUCUAUACAGAAAUAGAGUGUAUAAAAUUUUCACUUUGUCACACCUUACAGUUUUAACGUUUCAUUUUAAUAUUUUAACGACAAAUAUCAUCGAUCAUCUUUAUCCUGCAAAAUGGCAAUAAUCCACUUGAUUUGUCCGAUCGACUAGGAUCUAAAUAUCGGUUAAAUGUUUUUACAAAAGACGGGACAAAACAGGAAAGGAAUUCCAAUCGAAACAUAUUCGAGACGGCAAAGUAAUACUCGUUGUUGCUCGAAUGUGGAACACGUACGAAAGAUGUUGUUGAUACGAAAUCCAUGCGGACGAAAAUAUUGGAACGCGACCAAUAGCAUGAGUCGGCAUACCGCAGCUGAGACGGAAUUUCUCCGAGGAAAUAUUCUCAGUCAUCUAGGAAUAUGCAGUCCAUAAAUCGAGCGACGUGCGCUUUUGCUUUUCAAUUUUCUGCCGGCCAACGAACCUCGCUUUCGACAACGCCGCGCCGCGUUUGCAUAAUUGAUCUCACAGUUUAUCGAUCCGCGUUGCCGCUUUUCAAAUUUCAUUAGCUUAACAUUGUUGAUUUUCGUUCUCAAUCGAAUUAGAAAUUACAACAUAUACGUUUGUAGCUGAAACAAUUAAACAACACUAGAUAAUAGAAUUAUCCGUCGACAAAUCAAGCUUUUCACGGUUUGUUUAUCGAUUAUUUUAAUUAUUUAUCCUUCAAUUUCAGUCAUUGCGCCGUUCAGAAUUUCCGCUUCAAAGGCGGUAGUUGUAAACGUUAGAAAGAAAGAAUGCUGAUUUAUGAACUAUAAUAAUAUAGGAAAAAAUAUUGUGCUUUAGCAGCAUAACCGAGAAUAUCCUAUACUCGCAGCCGCGGUAGACGCAACAUAGAUAUCGAUUUAACCCAGGCUUUUCGACUUAUAGCUGAGAGAGACCAUCUAUAAAAAUGUCUCUGGAACGUAUAGGAUCUAUAAUCUCACAGCGAAGCGUAUUCUUUUUCCAAUACUCGGUGCUUCGAUUUCUUUCAAAUUUUAAUCACUUACUCGUAGCUAUGAUACUGUUUACUUAUUUGUAAACUUAAUUCAUUAUUGCGCACUAGCUUUUGUUCGAGAUGUCGAUAUCAGUAUCGAACAUUUCGUCAUUCAGUGUAUUGAAACUGUCUAUGCAAGAUGAUUUCAUCAGAGAACACUCGGAUUAUUUCAAACGUAUUAUUAAUUUUAACUAAUUUCGAGCUUCGUUAUUUUCUUAUCCUCUAUUUUUGCAUUAUCCUUCGUUUAGAAAUCCCGUGAAUUAUCGCUGCCAUUCCUCUAUUCUAAAAUUAUUAUUCUUCGAGUAUCUAUAGUACGAAGCUUCAACGGCUUCAAAAUCUUGCCUCCAACGACCGCGUCGCUAAUAAUACAGUGUCUAGACUCUUGCUGCUUAAUUAUCAAACGUGA